AUGGAGACAACCACGACCGAGAAAAGCAUCCUCGAGGAGAUCGAGGAACUCCUCGCCGAGCCCGUCGCUUACGACCCGGCCUGCCCGGAUUUCGGCACAACCUGGACGAAGCUGUUCAGCACGGGAUCCGCCGCCUCCGCUGCCGCCGCCGCCGAGGCCCCAAGACCCGCAACAGCUCCGCCGCCACGUAAAAACGUGCCAACGGUCGGAUGCAUGGUCCAGAGGUCGGACCACCAGCACCGACGAAAAAUGGAGUGGCUGACGACCCCGCCACCACCGAGGCCGGCCCGCCGCAUCACGGCAGCAACAUACUUGGCGCGCAAGACAAUCGCCGCCAAGCCGACGCCACCGCCGAUCGCACCACCGGCCAUACCACCGGCGGAACCACCGGCCGCGCUACCAGCCGCACCGCCUGCCGCACCACCAGCCGCCGAGGCGCAGGCACUCCGGCCCGUAGGCCCGCGGGAAACCCCGAAGAUCCCUGUGCUUGUGGAGCCGGGCCACAUCAUCUUGGUACCCCAUGGAGCCGUCCACAAUACACGAGAGUGGAAAACCACGGAGAGGGGCUACCGAUGGCAUGUCCGCUUCAAUCACGAGGGGACCGUCCGGAAGAUCCGGAAAUUACCGGCAAAACCGAGGACCCGGACCUGA